AUUCAGAUCAUUUUCACCUCUUCUUUUGUGUAAUAUUCAGCAUCAAUAUGGAACUUUCAAACCAAUCAGGUAUUUCUGAAUUCUUUCUCAUUGGACUGACAUAUGCUCAAGAUGUUGAGUCAUUUAUUUUCACCUUGUUCCUGUCUAUGUAUCUUGUUACUGUCUUUGGAAACAUUCUCAUUAUACUGGCUGUAAGCUCCGACUACCACCUCCAUACUCCCAUGUACUUCUUCAUUGCCAAUCUGUCCUUUACUGACAUCUGUAUAAGCACAACGAUAAUCCCAAAGAUGCUAGUGAACAUUCAAGCACAGGAUCAAAGUAUCAGCUACAUGGGCUGCCUGUCCCAGGUGUGUUUUGUCUUGAUUUUUGGUGGCUUAGAAAGUUGUGUCCUUGCUGUGAUGGCCUAUGACCGCUACUUGGCCAUAUGCCAUCCCCUGAGGUACACAGUUAUCAUGAACCCUGUGCUCUGUGUGUUGCUGGUUCUUCUCUCACUGUUGAUAAGUACCAUGAAUGCACUACUGCAUAGUCUGAUGUUGCUAAAUCUAACCUUCUGCACAGACAAUAAUAUCUUCCAUUUCUUCUGUGAACUUGUUCAAGUCAUCAAACUUGCCUGCUCUGAUACUUUCAUCAAUACUCUCCUCAUAUAUACAGUUACUAGUGUAUUCGCUGGCAUUCCUCUUGCUGGAAUUAUUUUCUCCUAUAUUCAAAUUGUGUCUUCCAUUCUUAAGAUUUCAUCAGUCCAGGGACGGAAUAAAGCCUUUUCCACCUGUGGCUCUCAUCUCUCAGUAGUGUGCUUAUUCUAUGGGACAGCUUUUGCAGUGUAUAUGAGUUCUGCUGUUUCUGACUCUUCUGUUAAGAAUGUAGUCUUUUCUAUGAUGUAUAUUAUGGUUCCUCAAAUACUGAACCCUUUUAUAUACAGUUUGAGGAACAGAGAAAUGAAACAAGCCAUGAGACACCUUUUCUGUCGUCUUAUCAUCUCCAUAAGUUGAGUUUACAGAAACAGAAUGAGAGAAACACUGGUAAGCCAGAAUAACUAACUCCUCCAUCAUCAAUUCC